AGGGAAGGAACCGAGUGGGCGCUCUUCUCAAAAGAAAGAAAAGUGAAAAGUUGAUUGCUUCUUUCCCUUUUGAUUUCUGAAUUUCAGUACCAGUGAAUCUAAUUCUUCAUCUUUCUAUCUGGAUUUCCGCUUCUGUGUUUGUUAAUGCAUACAUGUCAUUGAGUGUUUGCGGUUUUCUCGGUGUGUUCAACAAUCAACUUAUCGUCAUCCUGAACAAUCAUCGGCGUUAAUCGUCGAGUUCAUCGAGUAAACUCAGGCAUUACAAGCUUAUCGGAAGGAAGGAUGGAAGAAAGAAUGACGAAGCGCGUAUAUAAAUUGCUAGAGGAGUUUCCAGCUCAUUCUGGGAAUGUAAAUUGUUUGACUAUUGGGAAGAAGAAUUGUCGGCUCUUUCUUACAGGGGGGGAUGAUCACAAAGUGAAUCUUUGGUCAACAGGAAAGCCCACAGCUUUAAUGAGCCUGAGUGGUCAUACAAGCCCAGUUGAAUCUGUUGCAUUUAACUCGUCUGAGGUGUUAGUGCUUGCUGGAGCAUCCGCAGGCUCAAUUAAACUCUGGGAUUUGGAAGAAACAAAAAUGGUUCGCACUCUAACUGGACACAAAUCCAAUUGCUCAACUGUUGAAUUCCAUCCUUUUGGUGAUUUUUUUGCAUCCGGUGCUCUGGAUGCUAAUCUGAAGAUAUGGGAUAUUAGAAAGAAAGAAUGCAUUCACACAUAUACAGGCCAUAGUCGGGGAAUUAGCACAAUUAAGUUUAGUCCUGAUGGUCGUUGGGUAGUUUCUGGAGGUUUUGACAACAUCGUGAAGAUAUGGGACCUUACUGCGGGAAAACUUAUCCAAGACUUCAAGUACCAUGAAGGACAUAUAAGCUCCAUAGAUUUUCAUCCACUGGAGUUCUUGUUGGCAACAGGUUCAGCAGACAAAACAGUAAAAUUUUGGGAUUUGGAAAGUUUUGAACUUAUUGGUUCUACAAGACCAGAGGUUAGCAGUGUGUGCAACAUAGCCUUUCACCCAGAUGGCCGAACUCUCUUCUGUGGGUUAGAGGAGAGCCUAAAGAUUUAUUCAUGGGAACCUGUAAUAUGUCACGAUGCAUUGGAUAUUGGGUGGUCAAAGCUUAGUGAUCUCAGCAUCCAUGAUGGAAAGCUCUUGGGUUGCUCGUUCUUUCAGAAUUCAGUUGGUGUGUGGGCAUCAGAUAUUUCGUUAAUUGAACCAUACACAGUUGGUGUUAUGAGUGAGGAGAAUAAUUGCAGUGAACAAAAGCAUGAUGUCCAACAAAGUUCAAAAGAAAAUGCUGGAAAUGAGAGGAGAGUAGGCUCAACACUGCGAAGCACCUCCCCGGAUUAUGAGUCAAAAGAAAUAAAAACCAUCUAUGUAGACUGUGAAAAGCCAAUCUCUUCGAAAAGAAUUGGUCGGAUAAACUCUACUAAGAGUUCAGUUUCAUCUGAUUCAAAGGAAAGCAGUAAUAUUUCAAAACCUAGGCAAGGUCCUACAGCUGGUGCACAGAAAACAUUUGUGCAAACAAAUACCAAAUCUUUUAUUGUACCAACCAUUGUGCCUAGGGACAGUCCUAAUGGAAGAGUCAAAACCACACCAAGAAAAGAAUUUAUCUCAAAUACUAGGAAUGGACCUACUGGACCAGCUAAAUCUCUCUAUGAGCGCUCAUUUUCAACUACAAUAUUUGACACAGAGACACCGUCAGUGGUUGUUGAAUCUGAAGCUAUGGAGAAAGUAAGUCAUUAUAAAAGGGCAGUGAAUUCAACUUUCAGUGGAAGAUCUCUGACAAAUGAUGAAGCUAAAGAAACCAUUGGAGAAAAGCAUUUGGAUGUCAAGAAUGUGUUAGACAAGUUACAAAAUACAUCAUUACAUCCAACGCCAUCUCAUCAUGAAACUGUGGCUGUUAUACGAGGGCGUACACGCAAUCUGGUUGAAAGGUUUGAAAGAAGUGACACAUUAAAGUCUGAUAAAAUCCCCGUGUCUGUUGUAUCUCCUAAGACAACUCAAUCAACCUUCAUGCUGGGUAAGCAGCCACAAAUUACCAAGAAUGAACCUAAAUUUGCCAGUGUGGAUAAUAGUACCGAAGAAUUGAUGCAGAAUCAUGAUAUGUUCUUAAGCAAGCAGCCACAAAUUACCAAGAAUGAACCUAAAUUUGCCAGUGUGGAUAAUAGUACCGAAGAAUUGAUGCAGAAUCAUGACAUGUUCUUAAGCAAGCAGCCACAAAUUACCAAGAAUGAACCUAAAUUUGCCAGUGUGGAUAAUAGUACUGAAGAAUUGAUGCAGAAUCAUGAUAUGUUCUUAAGCACCCUACGUGGUCGCCUGACCAAACUGCAGGUGCUUAGGCAUUUUUGGGAGCGAAAUGACAUCAAGGGUACAAUAGAUGCCAUGAGGAAGUUGCCUGAUCAUUCUGUACUAGCAGACGUGUUGAGUGUCCUUGUGGAGAAGAUGAACAUUCUAACAUUGGAUACAUUUCAAUCCUUGUUACCAUUGCUUUUAGGUUUGCUGGACAGCAAAACAGAAAGGCAUGUCAUUAUUUCCCUUGAGAUGUUGUUGAAGCUUGUUGCUGUGUUUGGGCCAGUAGUCAGAACAGCUAUUUCUACACGUCCAGCUGUUGGAGUUAAUCUUCACGCAGAGGAAAGAAUUGAAUGCUGCAAGCAGUGCAAUGUCCAGCUUCAGAAAAUCCAAAAAGUUCUUCCAGAUUUUAUCAGGAGAGGUGGUUUGUUGGGUAAAGGUGCUAUGGAACUUAGUCUAGUUAUGCAACAAAGCUAACGAUUUCUGGUCUUUAGCCUUGGAGAAAGCUGGUAAAAAAGACAAUUGACAUAUAACCAUAACAAAACCGGUCGAUUUUGGUUGGUGAAUUACUACAGAUGAAUAGUUUGAAUGCUUAAUGGGUGAUAAUACUAAGAUAUAUAACUACAAAUUGCGUUGCUGUUGACCAGACAUGGGUCAUGUUGUUCUAGCUGUUCUUCUUCAGGUACCAUAUAACUUAAUGUUUGUUGUUAUUAUUAUUAUUAUUAUAGUGAUAGCAUGAUAACAUGGUGAAUCCAUUUUGUUCAAUUUUAGUUAACAUUAUCAACAAAUUGAAUUCAGUAUAGAUUGUGAAUUAAUCAGUCA